AAGUGCUGGUCGACUCUGGUGCGACUUGCAAUGUGAUGAGCGAGACCACUUUUAGAGCCAGCUUUAAGGGAGUGCAAUUGCUGCCUAGCCGUCGUAGACUAUUUGCCUAUGGAUCCGGGAAACCGAUGCAGGUCGUGGGACAUUUUAAAACAGCGAUAUCAUUUGAUGACGUCACAGUGCCAGAUGCUGUAUUUUAUGUGAUCCCCGGCUCGCAUAUAUCGUUGUUGGGUAAGGAGAGCGCUGAAAAGGUCGGGUUGCUGCGGGUUGGUCCCGAAGUGAGCUCUGUUUCACUGAGCCGUGAUCCCACUGACAAGUACCCGAUGCUCUUCAGUGGCCUUGGCAAGCUGAAGCAGUUCCAGCUGCAGCUGCACAUCGAUCCCGACGUCCAGCCAGUGGCCCAGAAGGCGCGACGGAUCCCAGUGGCGCUCCAGAAGGCUGUAGAGAAGAAGCUGGAGGAGCUGCUACAACAGGAGAUCAUUGAAAAGGCAAACGGACUCGUUGAGCGGCAAAACCGGACGCUGCUCAAAGCGAUCAGAGCUUCAGUGGCGGAGCAGCGCGACUGGCGGGAGUCUCUGCAGGCCUUCCUGCUGGCGUAUCGGACCACGCCACACCCGUCCACCGGGAAAAGUCCGGCGGAGCUGAUCUACGGCCGGGAGCUGAGGACCAAGCUGCCGGAGGUCGAUCCGCCGCCAGCACCCGGGCGCCGAGCGGUGCAGGCGGCCCAUGAUCGUAGCGGGAAGCGCGGCAAAGAGUAUGCGGACAGGCGGCGACGCGCAACGCCGCAUAACAUACGCGUGGGUGACAAAGUGUUGGUUCGUGUGCCCCGUAAAGUGGACAAACUGAGUGCUGCGUUCUUCAGGGAACCGUAUACUGUCGUCAGUGUGAACGGUUCACAGUUGACUGUAAGGCGGCCGGGGGACGGGAAACUGUUCAAGCGUAACAGCACUUUUUGUAAGAGGUUUGUUGAGUAUGACGCUUGUGUCGAUCUCGGAGAACCAGCUAUUCCGUGUGCUCCGGUCGCCGGUUCAGCGAUACCAGCGACUGUCGGUUACCGCACGCGCAGUGGUAGGCUGGUACGACCGCCAGAUCGUUUCGGGUACUCUGUUUGAUCUGGCCAUAGUGAGGCGUCAGGUUUUGUUGUUGUUUACAAGGAAAGGGAUUGUUAUGUUUUGGACCCGUUCCGCGGACCGGCUGCUGGUAGGCUGUGCCGCCGUGCACCGGCCCGGCUCAGUGUGUGCCCGCGGGGCAGGUCAGGGCCGAGGGAGUGUCUGAGUCGGGCCGAGCGAGUGCUGGCAGUCGGUGUCGGACCGGGGCGCGGAAUACAUACAGGCACGAACCGGA